AUGGUUCAUUCCUUCUAUGACAAAAGCUCUUCUUCUUCUGGCUCUGAUAUUUCAGGGUUGUUCAAUCCCUCUUUGCAAAGCCCUGGAGCUUUCAAUGGUGUUCUUGUGAGGGGUGGCUUGUCAUCAUCGAAUUCUUUGGUUUAUGAGAGUGAGAAGGGAGAGCUGGUGAAGUGCCCUUCAGCUACAAGGGUCGGGAAGAAUGAGAUUUGUGAGGCCAAAGCUUUGGCUGCUUUGAAGAAUCAUAGUGAAGCAGAGAGGAGGAGGAGGGAGAGAAUAAACGGUCAUCUUGCUACGCUACGUGGCCUUGUACCAUCCACUGAAAAGAUGGAUAAAGCUACUUUAUUGGCUGAAGUGAUUAGCCAAGUGAAGGAACUGAAGAAAACUGCAGUGGAAGCAUGCAAGGGUUUUCUAAUCCCAAUGGAUGCUGAUGAAGUGAAAGUCGAACCAUGUGAUGGAUCCAUGUCUCAUAGUGCAACCAUUUGCUGUGAUUUCCGACCUGAAAUACUAUCUGACCUAAGACACACCCUUGAUUCCCUUCCACUGCAUCUAGUGAAGGCAGAAAUUUCAACUUUGGCAGGAAGAAUGACGAAUGUAUUUGUCUUUACGUGUUGCAAAGGGAACAGUCAUAAUGAUAUUGAGGCAUGCCAAUCUCUUGUAAGAACUGUUCACCAAGCACUAUGUUCUGUACUGGAUAAGGCUUCUGCCUCACUUGAGUUCUCACCCAGAACAUCACAUGCCAACAAGAGGAGAAGACUAUGCUUUAUUGAAACAUCCACUUCUUCAUGCACCCAUGAGUCCUGUUUGUGUUGA